AUGGAAAGAGGAAGUGGUUAUCAUAGAAUCGAGGAAGAAGCCUCUUGUGUUCCUAUUGAGGCUGAAGUGGAACAACCUAUUCAGGGUGAUAUGAAAAGAGAACAGGAGUACUUAACUGGUACUACCAAACCAGAAGAAGCUGAGGGGUGGGUAAGAAGAAUGGAAUCAAUAUUUGCAGUGAUGGGUGCAGCAGAAGACCAGAAGGUAAACUUAGCUACAUUUAUGUUAAAAAAUGAAGCUAGUUAUUGGUGGGACACGACAAAACAUUUAUUGCUCACUCCAGGAGAGAAAGAGGUGAUAUUCUGGAAUCUAUUUGUUAAAGCUUUUUAUGAGAAAUAUUUUCCUCCAAUUUAUAGAAAAGAGAAUGAACUGGAGUUUGUUCUCCUAAAACAAGAUAGAAUGUCUGUAGUUGAUUCUGAAGUGAACUUUACAGCUUUAUCGAGGUUUGCACCCAAGUUUGUACAGAAUGAAGAAGAUAAAUGUACAAAAUUUCAGGAUGGUUUAGAGGCGGCUAUUAAAUCCAGAGUUUCAGUGUUUAAGGAAACAUAUUACAACAGACUUGUGAAUAAAGCCAUGAUUGCCGAAAGGGAUGUGAAAGAAUUGCAAGAAAGAAGGGAAGAAUACAAAAGAAAUAGAUCUGAGCCAUCACAAUCAAGAGGGAGUAAAGGAAUUUCAAGUCAGAAAAGUCAAAGGUCGCGGUAUGGAAGGGGAAGGGGUAGUGAAUAUCAAAGGCAGAUGUCAGGUAUUGGAAGAGGUCAAGGGUUUUCCGCACAACAAUCUGUACAACAAGGUAGCUUUGGAGGACGUCGUACUGGCAGGGGGUGUUUUCAGUGUGGAAGGAAAGGUCACCAGAAGAAAGAUUGUCCUGUGUUGAAAGCAGAAGAGUGUUAUCAUUGCCAUCAGCUGGGUCAUCGGAAGAGAGAUUGUCCUAUGUUGAUAGGAGUGACCUCAGUGGGUUGCUAG